AUGUUAGGGGACUCAAUUCAACCCAGAAGCAGAGUGAAGUGUGUAGAUUCAUUCAGCAGCAUGGAAUUGGAUUGUAACUCAAGCUUCCAUACUGGAGGUAGAAUAAUUGUGGCUUGGAAUCCUGGUAGUUUCACUGUCAGUAUUUUGUCUGUUACAGCUCAACAUAUUCACUGUCAUGUCACUCCUAUGAGUGGUAUGCCAGCUUUCUUUUGCACAUUUUUGUAUGCUUUCAAUGAUAGUAAGCAGAUAGAGAGUUUAUGGAGUGAUUUGAGAAUCCUGAAUACUCAGGAAGCUUGGAUUCUAUGUGGAGAUUUUAACUGUGUUAUGAACACAGAGGAGAGAAUUUGUUCUGCUGUUAGACAAUCUGAAAUUGUUGACAUUAAUGCUUGUAUGCACUGCUGUGGCAUGGAAGAUAUCAAAAGUAGUGGUCAUUUCUUUACUUGGAACAAUAAACAGGAAGGAGCUAAUAGGGUCUUUUCUAAAUUGGAUAGGGUUCUUGCUAACCCUAUAUGGUUUGAUUCUUAUUCUGCUGCUGAGGUGUGCUUCCUGAGUGAAGGUUCUUUUGAUCACUCACCUGGGUUUCUCACUGUAUAUCCUAAGAAUAAUGGAGGGAAGAAACCUUUUAAGUACUUCACUAUGUGGAAAAGUGCUCCAAAGUUUAGUGAGAUUGUUAAAACUCAAUGGGAUAGACCCAUCUCUGGAAGUAAAAUGUUUGUAGUGGUGUCUAAGUUGAAAAGAGUGAAGUUGGCUUUGAAAGAGCUUAAUAAGACUGGUUUCUCUGAUGUGCAUGCUGCAGAUUUGAAGGCUUAUCAUGACUUAUUAGCUGCUCAAGAAGCUAUGCAUCUCCAUCCUUCUGAUCAUUCACUUGCUAAUGAAGAGCUAGAUGCUAUUAAGACAUACAAAGAUAAACAUCAGAUUUAUUUGGAUUUUCUGAGGCAAAAAGCUAAAGUUGAGUGGAUUAAGCAUGGGGAUGAGAAUACUGCAUUGUUUCACCAAAGUCCACUGGUUAUAGAUGCUCACAGCUUUAUUCUAAAUGCUCCUUAUACUAGAGAAGAAGUGAAGAAUGCUUUAUGGUCUAUACCAGGUGUUAAAGCACCAGGGCCAGAUGGCUUUGGAUCUUUCUUUUACAGAGAUGCUUGGCACAUAGUGGGGGAUGAUGUGAUUGCUGCUGUAUUAUGUGGGAGAUUGAGACAGAUUUUGCCUGAUCUUAUCCAGGAGAAUCAGGGUGGUUUUGUACAUGGGAGGUACAUUGUCCAUAAUAUCAUGGUGAUUCAGGAUUUGGUUAAGCAGUAUGGUAGGAAAUCAGUGAAGCCUAGCUGUUUGAUGAAGAUAGAUUUACAGAAGAUUGUUAUGGAGUGUUUCACUACUCCCAUGUUUUCAUUUAUGGUGAAUGGCUCAAUGCAAGGUUUCUUCAAAUCCAAAAGAGGAUUGAGACAAGGUGAUCCCAUGUCACCCUUGUUAUUUGUCAUCUGCAUGGAAUAUUUAUCAAGAAUUCUUCAGAAAAUGAGUACUCUUCCUCAGUUUCAGUUUCACCCAAGGUGCAGAGAUAUAAAGCUCACUCACUUGUGUUUUGCUGAUGAUCUGAUCCUGUGUAGAAAAGGUGACUUUCCUUCCAUUUAUCUUCUGUUGCAAGCUUUCAAAUUAUUCUCCAUAGCCUCUCGUUUGUCUACUAACAUUAAAAAAUCCUCUGUUUACUGUCAUGGUAUGCCUGAAUCUGAUGUAGCUAGAGUGAUUGCUGCUUCUGGUUUCACUAGAAGUACUUUACCUUUUAGGUAUUUGGGAGUUCCAAUUUGUUCAAAGAAAAUUACAGUAGCUCAAUGUGAGAUGUUGGUGGAUAAAAUGACUGCUAGAAUCAAAGUGUGGAGUUCUAGGAAUCUCUCUUAUACAGCUAGGAUGCAGUUGAUCAAUGUUGUUUUGCUUAGUAUCCAUAUGUACUGGUCCCAGAUUUAUGUUCUGCCCAAGAGUGUUCUAAAAGAGAUUACCAAAAUCUGUAGAUCCUUCUUAUGGAGUGGACAGGCCUAUAGCUUUAAGCCAAGUUACAUAGCUUGGGAGCAGACUUGCUGUGAUAAGAAUCAAGGUGGUCUUGGUUUUAGGAAUGUGGAGGUUAAGGAUGGGGAUUGGUGGGAUUUUGUCCCCACUAGUUCUUCUAGUUGGUACUGGAAGAAAAUCUGUGAUACUAAGGAACAGAUUAAGCAAGUGUUUACUGCUACUGAGUUAUGCAAUAUGCCUAAAUAUUCUGUGAAAAUGGUGUAUAAUAAGCUCAUUGCUUCCAAGCCUAUGGUUCCAAAACAUAGAUUCAUUUCUUGGUUGGAAAUUCAGCACAGACUGCAAACAACAGCAAAAAUGGCAAGAAUUAGAGUUAGCUCAACUUCAGACUGUCUCCUCUGUGGUCAAGCUCCUGAAGAUCAUGAACACUUGUUUUUCAAGUGUCCUUACAGUAGCAGAUGUCUCACUGAUUUGAAGAGUUGGUUGGGGAUCCAAAGCUCCCUUAAUACCUUACAGAGAGGGUUUAGACAACUGUCUAACUACAACAGUUCCAAACACUACUACAAAAGUUGGAAUAAAGAACGCAUAAUGGAUAACAGUCAAGUCUAUACUCCGAGGAAUGCGCCUUAUAGUAAUGAGGAAAUCGAUGUGGUUCGUGAGCAAUGGACUAAGUUUUUACAAGAAAAUAAUUAUUAUUGGCAUGGGCUUAGAGUUGUUUAUUUUAACAAAGCUCCCACGUAUUCUCAAACUACUAUUGAUGCGGUAAGGGAGAGGUGGAUCUCAUACGUUACCGAAUAUCACCAACCAAAUAACGAUGAAAAUGAAGAUGAUGAUAACGAUGAUCUAGUGUGA